AUGGAGGGGCCACCUGCCCUGGCCUAUCGCCUUCGAGGCUGUGGGCCACAGUGCCCCCCAGCUCAGAGGUUGUGGGGGGCGGGGCGGGGAAGCAAGCCAGGCCCCAGGGCCCCAGUUCAGGAUGUGGUCUGGCCUCCCUGGGCUCGAGCUCCUGUGUGGCAGGGCCCUGAUGAAACACCCCUGACCUUAUGGCCGCCCAAACCUGAGGGCGCGUCUCUGCCCAGCCUGGGUCCUGAGGCUUCGGGGGCGGGGGGGCAGGCUGCACCCAUCAGCGCAGCCCAGUCCCGGGCCCAUCCUCAGUAUACCUGGCUUGACCUGCAGACGCGGAGGGAGGCACACGCGGCCUGCCUUCACCUGGACACCUGCCCCCACCCUUCUCCUGGGACCCUCGCCCUCUGGCCACACCGCCCACCCCUUCCAGGCCCCAGGUCCGGAGCAGCAGGAGGACGGGGCGGGGCCAGGCCCGCUGACCCCAGGGACAGAGGGUGA